GCUCGAGGGCUACUAACUCUAGAGCUGCACUAGAGUGGUCAAUGGCAGGUAAUGCAGCAGGAUGGACAAUGGGAAGGGAAGGAAGGACUCGAGCAAGCCGGCGAUGGCGAUGGGAAGGGAUGCAUUUUCUUCUGUUGCCCCAUUUGCUUUAUAAGCAAACGUCUCUCCGGACCCUUCCCCUCACUCAGUAGGCUUUCUUCACUGCUCUCUUCGCUUCCACAGCUCCUCACUCCGGGUCUCUGUUCCCCCUCAUCCUUCCUCUCUUCUCUGCGCAACUGAGUUGUAAUCGUGACUCUGCGAUUGUGUUUGAGUUGCAUUCGGAAUUUUCUUGUCGUUGUAGACUUUUCAUGUGGGUUAAAGGUUAAUUAGUGGGCUUGGAUUGAGCGGGGCCUCAACAGAUGCUAAAAUCCCGUGCACAUUGCGCUUGUCCUGGAUAUGGGACAGUCGCGUUGAAGAAAGCAUGAUGCAUCAAUAUCUGUUGGGGAGCAUAAACUGCACGCGUUUUGUGAGGUGGUUUCAAUCAUCUCAUUGCGUGUGUGAGCCCGAAUUCUGCAGCUGGAGCUGUAAUUCCCUGCGCAACUCCUCGUGCUUUCAAUGACCCACAGUUGUAAGUUCGAUUCAAACUCAGUGAUACGAGCUGUGAAUGCUGCCGCUGCUGCAAGGGAUUUCCUCUUCCUUGUUGUCAUUUCGAUGAUCCAAGAAGUCCCUGCGGGAGAAUUAGCUUGAUCAUGUACACUACCUUAUCCCUCACCUCUCACUGAAAGCGCGGAGAUUCUCUUCCCCAAAGUUCCCCAUCUACCACGAACACAGUUUAUCACGAUGCCUGGGUUGUUGGACGUAAACCUUUCAAGUCUUUCUCUGACUAGCGAUACGCGCCAGAAGCAAGUAUGGAUGGAUCCAGAGCUGUGGGGGGCUCUUCCCGAGCCACUCGUGGAAAUCAUUCUCUCGCAUCUCCCCCUGCCAUACCUCCUCCCAAUGCGAGCAGUUUGCAAAAAGUGGAACCACCUCCUUCACUCCAGCGCUUUCCUGUCUUCACAACGGCACAGCACCGUGCAGUGCGCCUCGUAUGUGCUCACAGUGAAUGAGCCUGCGUUCUCGGCCUUCGCCUUCUUCCAGCAAGGCCCGGAGCUUUACUACCUCCGCGACAGCUCUCUGUACUGCCCCAUCUCCAAGAAUUGGUUCAAUAUGUCGCUGGAUUGUAUCCCUUUCCGCGACUUCUACAUCACUUCUGUCGGCGGAGGAUUGCUCUGCUUCGUGGCGUACAAGGGAAACACUACUGCUACCAAUAGAGAGGUGGUGAUUGGUGUGUGCAACCCCGCCACUCGCUCCUGGAGGCUGCUCCCUCGGUGGGGAGGGUCCAAGGCGUACAGUUUGCCGCAGUAUGUAGCCAUGGUUGUGGACAAUUUCAACCGAUCUUACAAAAUUGUGCUCAUUGAUUACGACCGCCGAGUAACGCGCGUGUACCACUCGCAGUACAUGGCGUGGACCGAAUUCGAAGACGUGCCAACCCGGCACAAUUUCCCCUACUAUGAUAGAUGCCCCAGCCAGGCUAUUGUGAAAGGCAACAAGCUGGUGUGCACGACGCAGUGCAAGACGGGAAUCUCCACCUUCGACAUGGACACUGGCUUGUGGGAAUCUUACCAUGUGUUUCUGCCAGGCAUGCACAGUAACGUGCACCUGGUGCAGCACCAUGGCCGCAUUCUCAUGAUAAGCAGAAUAAUGAAAGCCAAAUAUGAGGGAUCCGACCGGGUGCAGAUCUCUGAGCUCGACCCCAAGGGACUGCGCGUGACCACGUCUCUUGAUGAUGUUCCGCUCGGUCCCUCCAAGCAAUUCCUGGACCACUUCAAUGUCUGCGAGUACAGCAGCUAUGAAGAAUCCGAGGGAUUGUGCUUCAUCUCUACCACCACGGGUGAGCGGUGGUUGUAUGACUUAGAGGAACGGUUCUGGCACAUUCUACCCAGCAGCCCGGGGAGCAAGACGAAGAGCAUGGCUGCGUAUGGAGGUUUCUCGGUCCAUUUGAGAGUAGAUAUCCAACCGUAGAGACAUGAUUUUUGGAGGGCUUUCAGUAAUCUUACAGAUCGUAGCAUAAUGUAGUUGUACAAAAUUCAUAACAGGUGUGGUCCGGGGUGCAAGAAUUUUAGGGUUUGUAACUUCCGAGACAGGAUUGGCCGCACACACGCUACCUAUCAAUACCAUCGUCGAUUAUUUCUGAUCGAUUGAUGUCGUUUGCUUCAGUAGUAGAGAAGGUGGGCAGCAAUCUUCUGGCCCUCUUUUCUACUAGUGGUGCUGCCUCCCUGACUAGACGAGGCCAUCUGUACAAAUUGCGAUGUCUUUUUUCACGGAAGGACUUCCCAUCACUAAAUAUAAAAACGCAGCAAAUUCAAUUACAGUA